UCAUCAUCCUCGGCUUUUCCUCGUUCGGAGUGCAACGUGAUACCGAGUCGGGACCGCGCCACGACACGACGCGCACGGGGGUGGCGCGAGAUUCUUUAUCGACCUUCGACGAUUUAUUUCGAGAUACGGGAAGAGUGCCGGCAAUCGACGCUCCGGAGAGUUCGUGGCAGCGUCGUCGGCGAGGGAAUCCACGCCGUACCGACCAACAAACCUUUGGAAUCGGUCACCUUUGCUACCCAAAACAACCAGAAGAAACGAGGAACCGCGGAGGAUAUCCCGAGACGCGGAUCGACGGAUCGCGAGCAGUCGUCCUGGCGCCAGGAUGUCACUCUCCAUCGAUCGACAGGAUGAUCGCGUAUUCUGAACUGUAUGAGCGCGAUCGCGGCAGCCGCUAGUCGGUGUCGUUCGCGAUAAUCGGUGAACAGAGACGCGACACGGUGUCCCCGUUGCAUCCGUCGUGGCGUCGAGGAUGAAGAGGACGGUCACGCGUUGGACGAAGAGCAGACAGCCGAGAAUCUGUCCGAUGGAAGUCCCGAUGUCUUGCUGCCGGUGGUACAACACCUCGUGAAGAGUGUUUUCAGUCUACCCCCCGAGGACACACCGUCCACCCAGACGAGAGACCGAGCUUUCGGAACGAAUGAAGCUUCCCUGAAGGAUUCAUCGAGAGAGAGAGAAAGAGAGAGAAAAAGAGAGAGAUAGCGUGUGAGAGAAAGAGAGAGAGAGAGAGAGAGAGAGAGAGAUAGGAGAGGACAGAUAAAAAGAUAGAAAGUGAGGGAUCGUUUGGCCAGUGUUGAGGCGAACUCGCUAGCGAGAGGGAAAAGAGAGUGCCAGAGAGAGUGUGCUUGUUCGGGGUGACCGAGGUGUCGACCUCUCACCCCCGAUCAAACCAGCAAGCAGGUCGGAUGAUGUGGGCGUCUCUGCUUUUGGCCGGGAUCUUAAGCGGCUGGUGGGGCGCACUGGCUCUCGCUGCAGCACCCCCCGCCAAUCGUAACUCCCUCGAGGAGACGUCGACGAGGACCACCAGCGACCAUCCGCCAUCGAUGACCAUCGCCGCCGUUGAAAACCCUCUCGAUUACCGUCUAUCGACCUGGAACUUGGUCGCGCGAACCGUCGACGGACGCAGGCUGCCGAUCGACGAUCGUUAUCGCGUACGAACAACCUCCACCGCGAGCUUCGUCCCGGUACCGAAAGAUGACAAGAGCCAGCCGGUCGAGUCGCGAUCCUGGCGGUACCAGCACGAGAGGAUGCUGCCCGCCUCGACGAUCGAGGAUCGCGUAUCAACCGUCGCGGGCGACGACGCGUCGUCGGAGAGGAAAACGGAGGAGCUCUUCGACGACUCCAUACGCGACGUGUUCGUCUCCACGUCGAAACGGUCGGAUCGUCGCCCGGCAGACGACACGGUCGUUCAUCCGAGAACCGACGAGUCCGGUCUGACACGGCUGCCUGGUCACUCGUCCACCCAAACGCCGUUCCUUUACACGCCCGGUGGCAACGAGUCGUCGAUGGAGAAGCCACGAGCGAUCCGCUCGACCAAGCAACGACCAAAGAACCGUACGAAAGCGGACUCGCCGAGGGAGCAGCGACGACGGUGCCGCAACAAGGGUUGCCGCGGUCAGAACUGGUGCCCCGACGUGGACGUCGGCAACAGGGCCUAUCUGGCGCCGACGGUGUUCGAGGGAAAGGCCAGAAGCAUGUCCUCCGUGAGGAAACCCGGCUCCAACUACGCGGUGACGUUCGAGGUGAAGCAAGUAUACAAGAGCCAGCCGGGUUUCCAGCCGCUGCAGAAGAACGACAGCGUCAGGCUGCACUUUCGCGACAAAUCGGCGCCCGGCAAGUCGACCGUUUGCGGCUACGACACCGACGUCAAGCAGCAGCAGCAGCAGCAACAGCAACAGCAACAGCAACAGCAACAGCAACAGCAGCAGCAGCAACAACAGCAGCGCGAUAAUCAGAGUGGUGUGGUGCGAGCCAAUAUUAAGAGGGGCAAAGUGUAUCUAGUGUUUGUGAAUCGCGUGGGACCCAGAAACUUCACGAUCCUCGGUGAGCCGUUGAUUCGAAGCAAGAAGAACGAACAGGCGGUGCAGGCUGUCGUUCGACCGGAUUACGUGAAGGAGGUUACGUUGUCCGAGCUCAGGGACUCGAUAGCGAGGUUACGAGAGAGGGUGAAGCUAGUAUGCCGAACGAGGGGCUCACCACCCCCGAGGGUGCACUGGCUGAAAGACGGGAUACCGCUGCACCCCCGCAGAGGCCUCAGGAUUCAACACAAACGGCGGAGAUCGAAAGUUGUGAUAUCCUCCGCGAAGCCUGAGGACAGUGGGAGAUACGAGUGCGUAGCUGAGAGUACUUCCGGACAUCGGGCCUCGCUCGCGGCCCAGCUUCUAGUCGCUCACGAUACGAGAAUUCCGGAAACGACGACAGCGGCGUGGCCGAGGCAGGAGCAACCGUGCCCGAUCGCCGGAGACUUCUGCAUGAACGGCGGUACCUGCCUGUUCUUCGAGACCGUCGGUGAACCAGCAUGUAGAUGCGCGGAAGGCUUCACGGGUCUGCGGUGCGAGACGAAGGACGUCAGCAGCACCGGAAAUAUGGAUAAAUUCUCUUCGUUCGCCGAGGACGUGACGCUCGCCCGCUUCUAGCGCAUCUCGCGGCACUGUCAAGCUUGCACAUCGGGACAUUCAUCGUGUUUUGUUUUGUUGUAGCCUCAUCCACGUACCUUCCCAAUACCCGUUCAGGUUCCUACAUACGCGUCCUCGUCUUCUCCGUUCUCCCCGGGCUCUCCAAUUUUCUACACAGCGUCUCCAUUCCCCGACCAAUCCAAACGUCACGAGCGUUCGCGACGAGGAGGCUGCGACAUCCUCUCGUUCGCCGGCUUUCGGACAUACCCGUUCGCCUCUUUCGUCCUGCGUUCCCAGCACCCGUACGUGCCUCUUAUUUUCCUUCUGUUUCU